UUUGAUAUAGAUAAGGAGGCCGGAGAGCGGCAGAUCUAUCACCGGUACUGCAUGGAGCGCGCGGCCGUCCACUGCGCUCACGUCUUCAGCACAGUGUCGCAGAUCACCGGCAUCGAGGCCGAGCACAUGCUGAAGAGGAAAACCGAUGUCAUUACUCCGAAUGGGUUAAACAUAAAGAAGUUCUCCGCCAUGCAUGAGUUCCAGAACCUGCACGCCAUGUACAAGUUCCGCAUCCAGGAGUUCGUCCGCGGCCACUUCUAUGGACAUCUGGACUUCAGUCUGGAGAAGACGCUCUUCUUCUUCAUCGCCGGGCGAUACGAAUUCUCCAACAAAGGGGCCGACGUCUUCCUGGAGGCGCUUUCCCGGCUCAACUUCCUGCUGCGGGUCCAUCGGAGCGAUAUCACCGUUGUGGUGUUCUUUAUAAUGCCGACAAAGACAAAUAAUUUUAAUGUGGAAACACUGAAGGGUCAGGCGGUGAGGAAGCAGCUCUGGGACACGGCUCACGCAGUGAAGGAGAAGUUUGGGAAGAAGCUGUACGCAGCAUUGCUGAAAGGGGAAAUUCCUGAUCUGAACAAGAUUCUGGACCGAGAUGACCUGACCAUCAUGAAGAGAGCCAUAUACUCCACCCAGCGCCAAUCUUUGCCCCCCAUCACUACACACAACAUGGUGGACGACUUGGCGGACCCGAUCCUCAACACCGUCAGACGGAUUGGCUUGUUUAACAGUCGGACGGACAGAGUGAAGCUGAUUGUGCACCCGGAAUUCCUCUCUUCCACCAGCCCGCUCCUACCGAUGGACUAUGAGGAGUUUGUCCGAGGGUGCCAUCUGGGGGUCUUCCCGUCCUAUUAUGAACCCUGGGGAUAUACACCUGCGGAGUGUACGGUGAUGGGUAUUCCCAGCGUCACAACCAACCUGUCUGGAUUUGGCUGUUUCAUGCAGGAACACGUCGCCGACCCGGCUGCUUACGGGAUUUACAUUUUGGAUCGGAGGUUUCGCUCGCCCGAUGAAUCCUGUAACCAGCUGACCCAGUUCUUGUACACUUUCUGCCAACAAUCCCGGCGCCAGAGAAUAGUCCAGAGAAACCGAACCGAGCGAUUGUCAGAUCUGCUGGACUGGAGGUAUCUGGGCCGGUUCUAUAGACACGCUCGUCACCUGGCUCUCUGCCGAAUGUUUCCGGACAAGUUUGAGAUGGAGCCCAGCGCACCACCGAAGACGGAGGGAUUCCGCUACCCCAGACCGUCCUCGGUUCCCCCUUCGCCAGCCACCUCCCGCCCCUCCAGUCCUCAUUCUAGCGAUGAUGAGGAAGAAGAGGACGAGGAUGUGAGAUAUGACGAGGAGGAGGAAGCGGAGAGGGAUCGUCAGAACAUCAAGUCGUCAUACGGCAUGGGCCCGUUUCCCCACGGAAGGAAGAAGAAGCACGGCGAGUACAGGAACUGAAAUACGACACCGCAUGAGGCAGAUAUCUGCCUGGGC